AUGUCGUGCGGCACGAGGGAGGCGCUGGUCUUCGGCAUGGGGCUCAUCACGGGCACGGGCACCACCCUGUACAUCUUGUACGGCGUGGACUCGGUGGGCCUCGACGGCGAGGUGAAGAAGUUCGAGAAGCCCAUCUUCCAGACUUGGCUCAUGUUCCUGGCCAUGGUGUUCGCGCUGCCCAUCCACUGGGCCUACCACUACCACGUGGAGCGGCAGUGGCGCCGCAACCGCAACGGCAUGAAGUACCGCUACCGCAUUCCCCGCAAAAUGUACUUCCUGCUGGCGUUGCCGGCGGCCUUCGACCUGUUGGCAACUUUUGUGGCCAAUCUGGGGCUGCUCUACGUGACUGUGAGCGUCUUCCAGCUCAUGAAGUGCACGGUCAUCGUGUUCGUGGCGCUGCUCAAGGUGUUCGUGCUCAAGGACCGUCUCCGCAGCUACAUGUGGAUCGGCAUUGGGUUGAACAUGCUGGCGGCCCUCAUGGUGGGCGCCACGAGCCUCGCGGACGCCGACAGUCAAGACAACAACUCGGCCAAUCAGCACCCGGGCUUCGGCGUGUUUAUGGUGGUGCUCAGCUGUGCCAUUCAGGCGGUGCAGUACGUUUUCGAGGAGAAACUCAUGGACGAAGGCGACAGCGCCCCACCCCUCGUGGUGGUGGGCAUGGAAGGAGUGUGGGGACUGGUGUUAACCACGUUCGUCGUGUACCCCAUCGCCUACUUGGUGCCGGGCAACGAUUUGGGCUCGAACGAGCGCUUCGACGACGCGUAUCAGAUGCUCAUGAACAGCGGCCUGGCUCAGGUGGUCGUGCUCAUUUACCUCUUGGUGAUUCUGGGCUAUAACGUGUUCGCCGUGUCGGUCACGUACCUACUAAACUCGAUUUGGCACGCGAUUCUGGACAAUUUCCGCCCGAUCACGGUCUGGGGAACGGAUUUGCUGCUGUUUUACCUCUUCACGCAGGGAGAAUUCGGUGAGCGCUGGACAAUUUGGAGCUGGCUGCAGCUUGCGGGCAUGCUCACGUUGCUGGUGGGCACGGCGGUGUACAAUGGCACGCUGCGUUUGCCGGGCUUCGUGUACCUGGAGCCAUUGGAGGAGGCGUUGACACCGAUUCGUACUCCAGAGGCUCUCACGGCGUCGACGUUCUCGCGUUCGCCGCUGAUCACGCGCAACGCCAUGAAGGCUGCGGAAAUCGCCCGGAGGACGCCGAAUGCCAACGACCGGGACCGGGUGCGGCGUGAAUUUAUGACGGAGUAUCAGCCGCUAGCCGAUGCGGAAGCGCGGCGACGCAUUGAUCCGGCAGGACACACGUACGGGUCGCUGGAGGCUUAACAUUGCAGCAGGAUUGUCCGCUGCACAGCAACGGUGAGUGAUGCUGUGAAGCGAUACCUACGAGGAUUGAAGACAAUAGAGCAAUCGUGGAAUUGGUGUGAACGUUUAGCUG